GAACAAGAAACUGCAGCUGCAAAUGUUGUAGCAAGCGUUCUAGUACACAGAAAGCUUUGCAAGUGUGCGUUUCAGCACACAGCAGCUCCUAGCUUCGGAGAGGAUUCAGCCUGGAGCGAGUGUGUGAUCAGAAGGGAAGCACUGCAUUUUCUACCCACAUCACAGACAGGGCUCCUUAUUAGGAGCAGGGGAGGCCGGGCGCCAUUUGUAGGAGCCAACAGCAGGGAGACUGGGAACCCAAAGCAGGCCGGGGGGCCCUAUAGGAUCCAGAGUGGCGAACAUUGAAUGGACAAACACAUUCACUCUGGAACUACUGAUACUGGUGUUUUGAGACGAAGCCUGUUCCCUCAUUGUUCCUGUGCAAGCAGGCACCAUAAAAAUGAAUAUCCAGGGGAAAGGCUUCCCUUUGGAUCUUGGGGGAAGCUUUACCGAAGAUGCUCCAAGGCCACCAGUCCCUGGUGAGGAGGGUGAGCUAGUUUCUACAGAUUCAAGGCCAAUCAGCCAUGGCUUCUACUCUGGUAAAAGUGAUGUUAUUAAAAAUGAGACUUCCACAGCAACACCAAGGCGCUCUGAUCUGGAUUUGGGGUAUGAACCUGAGGGGAGUGCUUCUCCAACUCCACCCUACCUGAAAUGGGCUGAGUCGUUGCACUCCUUGUUGGAUGAUCAAGAUGGGAUAAAUCUGUUCAGGACUUUCCUGAAGCAGGAGGACUGUGCAGAUUUGCUGGACUUCUGGUUUGCCUGCAGUGGCUUCAGGAAGCUAGAACCCUGCGUCUCCAAUGAGGAAAAGAGGCUCAAAUUGGCUAAAGCUAUUUACAAAAAAUACAUUCUGGACAAUAAUGGGAUAGUAUCCCGGCAAAUCAAACCAGCCACAAAAAGCUUCAUAAAAGAUUGUGUGAUGAAACUGCAAAUUGAUCCUGACAUGUUUGACCAGGCCCAAACUGAGAUUCAGUGUAUGAUCGAAGAUAAUACCUAUCCUUUGUUCCUUAAGUCAGAUAUUUAUUUGGAAUAUACAAGGACAGGUGGGGAAAGUCCUAAAAUUUAUAGUGAUCAGAGCUCAGGAUCUGGGACAGGUAAAGGACUGCCUGGAUAUUUGCCUACUCUUAAUGAGGAUGAGGAGUGGAAGUGUGACCAAGACACCGAAGAGGAAACCAGCCGAGAUUCAGCCCCAUCCAGCAGGCUUACUCAGAAGCUGCUUUUGGAGACAGCAACCCAGCGUGCCACAUCAACCAGGCGAUAUAGCGAGGGAAGAGAGUUCAGGCAUGGGCCGUGGAGAGAGCCAGUUAACCCUUACUAUGUCAACACAGGGUAUGCUCUGGCACCAGCCACCAGUGCGAAUGACAGUGAGCAGCAGAGCAUGUCUAGUGAUGCAGACACCAUGUCGCUGACCGACAGCAGUGUAGAUGGGAUCCCACCGUACAGACUCCGAAAGCAGCAUCGCCGAGAGAUGCAAGAAAGUGCCAAAGCAAAUGGACGUGUGCCACUACCUCACAUUCCUCGUACAUACCGAAUGCCAAAGGAUAUCCAUGUUGAACCACAGAAGUUUGCUGCAGAGCUGAUUAAUCGCCUGGAGGAAGUACAAAGGGAACGUGAAGCAGAGGAGAAAUUAGAGGAGCGCCUUAAACGUGUUCGAGCGGAAGAAGAAGGUGAGGACGCAGACAUCUCUUCUGGUCCUUCAGUCAUUAGCCACAAGCUGCCUUCCGCCCAGGCCUUGCAUCACUUCACUCCUCGUUACUCCGAGAUGGGUUGUGCUGGGAUGCAGCUGCGAGAUGCUCAUGAAGAAAAUCCAGAGAGCAUUCUCGAUGAACAUGUACAGCGAGUAAUGAAAACGCCAGGUUGUCAGUCCCCUGGACCUGGCCGCCAUUCACCUAAGCCCCGGUCACCGGAAAGUGGCCAUGCUGGAAAGAUGCAAGGGACAGUACCUCCAGGGCAUGGCAAGCAUGCCACAAAAUCAGGAAUGAAACCGGAUGCAGCUAACUUACACCACCAUAAACAUAUCUACCACCACAUUCAUCACCAUAGCAUGAUGAAACCGAAGGAGCAGAUUGAGGCUGAAGCCACUCAGAGAGUGCAGAACAGCUUUGCUUGGAAUGUAGAUUCACAUAACUAUGCAACAAAAUCCCGGAACUACACUGAAAGCAUGGGCCUGGCUCCCAACCCAGCAGAUUCCUUGGGCUACAGUGGGAAAGCAAGUCUGCUUUCAAAAAGAAAUGUCAAGAAGACUGAUUCAGGGAAAAGUGAUGGUGCCAGCUAUGAGAUGCCCGGAUCUCCUGAGGACAUGGAGAGGAACCAGAAAAUCCUGCAGUGGAUCAUCGAAGGAGAGAAGGAGAUCAGCAGGCAUAAGAAAACAAGUCAUGGCUCCUCAGGUGCCAAGAAGCAGCUGGCCCAUGAUAUGCCCAGACCUCUCUCCAUCGAGCGCCCUGUCGCUGUGCACCCCUGGGUCAGUGCCCAGCUCAGGAACAUUGCCCAGCCUUCUCACCCAUUCAUUCAAGAUCCUACCAUGCCGCCCAACCCAGCCCCCAACCCUCUGACACAGCUGGAAGAAGCACGCAGGCGACUGGAGGAAGAGGAGAAAAGGGCUGGCAAACUGCCCCCCAAACAGAGCAGGUUGAAGCCCCAGAAGAGACCAGGCAAUGGCGCUUCCCAGCCAUGUGAGAAUAUCGUGGUCGCGUACUACUUCUGUGGAGAGCCCAUCCCUUACCGCACCUUGGUCAAGGGGCGCGUGGUGACGCUGGGACAGUUUAAGGAGCUGCUCACCAAGAAAGGGAAUUACAGGUAUUACUUUAAAAAAGUGAGCCAUGAGUUUGACUGCGGAGUGGUGUUUGAGGAGGUGCGCGAGGACGAGACCACCCUGCCCAUCUUUGAGGAGAAGAUCAUUGGGAAGGUCGAGAAGAUUGACUAAUGGGAGAGCCAAGAGGCCUGGGAAAGAUUUUGGAAAUCUCAACAGUCUAGAGCAGAUCCAGAGUUGGUGCUCUGGGAGGCACAGAUCCCACAGUGCUGGGCUGACCCAGGCUGAGGGAGGCACCUCGAUCCCUCCCAAGGACUUCCAGGAGCUACACGUUGCCAGUGGGAGGAGUUCCACCACACAGACUUGCCGGUGGGAUCCCCGCUGGGCUCCCUCUCCAGACAGAAUAUCACGUGUAUUGUAGCAUUGUACAGUUGAAUUAGAAAGUGUAAUAUGACCUUGUUUACUAAAGCUGCAUAUUUUUGAUAUAUUGUAAUAAAAGGAAAAUCUUUUCAAUGUCACAGUGCUCUUAUGUAAAUGUAAGACAUACAGGUACUUCGGAGCUCACCCAGCGUGUACAGCCAUCUGUCCAGCUCGGCAUGGAGCCUUGCCUUCAUCCGACCCUCCCCGUGUCCUGACAGUGGAUGGCUUUUAGUUGAUGCUACUGUGUGUGUGAGGUGGAGAACUCCCUUGGGGAAGUCCACACAAGCUGCUAUCUCAUAUGCUGAUAUGGAAGCCGACUCUUUGGCUGGCUCACACUAACAAUACAAAGGCCAGAGUAGUGCGGGGUUGAAAACCUGGGUUUAUGACAUAUUAACAAACCACUUUUAAUCUGUUUACCUUGCCAGUGUUUUAAACUACCAGAUCUCCUAGGAGUUUUUUCUCCAAGCGUUCUUGUGACUGAGUAAGCAUUGGAGGAGAGGGUUUGUAUUUAGGAGCUCUUAACACUGUGAUCUUUUGUUAGAGCACCCACUGCGGCUGGUUGUCGCUGGAGUCCAUGAGUGUCUGGUUCCUGCAACUCGGAUGCAUCCCAGUGAGUGUUAGCUACAGUACAGCCAGGAGGGGGCACCCAGGAGCAUGGAGCGCCAGGAUUAGGGAUGGGAUCGGCGGGUUCUGUUUUGGUGAGAGCCUUCUUUGUGAACUGCCGUCUCCUGCUCUUUUCUCCGCAGAUAAGAGGCGAUAGUUGGAGAAGUCUGGUGACACCUGCUCCCAGCCAUAAGCCUUUCCCGAGCACGUGCUUUGCCGGAGGGCUCUCAUCGUAUGUAAUUAGCAAUCAGAGAGCCCUCCAUUCAAGCCUCUUAGAAAGUUGCACCCCGCCAUGGGGGUUGUUGGCUGCAGAUCGUAAUAAUUUGUUGUGCUGUGGCAUGGCAUGUUGGCCCUGCUAAUGCUGAGACCUGACGUGGUCACGGGAGACUUAGCCAGAGCGAAUGUAGUGCAGAGAGAAAACCACUUGGAAACUUGCAGUUUCUGUUCCAUGCAGCCAGGAAAGGAGAGAAAUCUCACCAUGGGUUCUGCAGGUCAAUCUCUUCUGGUAGCACCGCUGCUAAUACCUAAAUCCUCUGAGAAAGGGCGCUCUGGAGAGACUGAUGAAGGCGCUAAUCCCCAGGAGCCGGAGGCAGCCUUUGGCUGUAUUUGUGGCCAGCCUUUGCCUGUAUUUGAGCUGUUUCUGCCUGUUUCCCCCUCAGUGGGCACAUGUGGGACCAUUUAUCAUCAGUAGAGCUGCCCAGGAAUCUCCUGGAAGGUUACAUCCCCUAAGGAGAGAUAUCACCCUGGCUGCAGAGAAGACAGGAUCCUCAGGGAAGGUUCCCAAAGGGCCAGUGUUUAUUCAGAAGCAAGAAUGCUGGGGGCUAAGAAUCCAAAGCGAUUGUUGUUUAAAUAUGCCCCCACAGAGCACACGAGACGGUCCAGGACGUAGCCCUGAGCCUGCUGCUCUGCGAGCAGCUGUCUUGUCCCUGCACCGUUCUGCAGGCCUCUCUUCACCCACCCACUAAGCUCCCUUAAUCCGCCACACUGCAGAUCAUCCCUUCACCUGAGUCAAGUGUAAAUAUUUGUCAAUUAAAUCACCCAGCGACCCAGACCCCCUUCAGAUACCAGCCCAUGCCCCACCUGCAGAUCAGUGGGCCUCUGUGUUGGUCCAUUUCUGCCCCACAGUAAAGGUGUGAGGACUUUCACAUCAGCACUGACUCUGGCCAUGGUUGUUCUUCUGUUGUGUUCUCAGCUCUACUCUUUCUGUUGGCUGCAGCGUUGCUAGAUGCAGGCGUGGUGAUGUCAGUAAGAGGUGAUAUAGUGGGAUAGGCCUGCGUGAUUGUGUAUCCACACAGGUAGGUUUGCCUCUCAGUAUAUUGUAUAUGUCACAGAGUGCCUUUUGAACACGGUUCUGUAACUUGCCUAUCACUAUGUGAAGUCCAGCAAAUGAGAAGUUGUUUUCAUCCAGGGAACUGCAUUACAAACAUUUUUUUUCUUCUUCUUUUUUUAAGUUCAGCUCAUAUUCUGUGUCUGGUGAGAUUGUUAAUGUACCCGACAGCCACAGGUUUUCCAUUUGCCCUUGUUUCUGAAGGGUUCCACUGUAAAUAUGUACAUUUUCUAACCGCAGCGUCAGCCGCCAGCGGAAUACCUACGAACGGUGUCUCCUGAGCGUUUUCAUGUGCUGACUUGUACAAUUAACUUUUAAAAGGUACUUGGAAAAUAAUUAAAUAAAAAACCCAACAUCCAA